GGUUAUCUUAAGCGGCAGCUGGGGGAGGGCUUGGCUUGGGAUGGCAAGGAUGUGAUGUUUAGCUUAAAUCAUUCUGGUGCGUGCAGCGAUGCAGAGAGAAAUGAAGAGAACUCAAUUGACAAGGCCAUUCUAGGGUUGGAUGGGGCUCACUCUGGUGGCGGGGCGUAUUACUUUGCGAAGAAAUCCAUCAACGCGGAUCGCGCAGCUCGAUUUGAAGCCGAUCAACGUCGCAGACAGGUUCAGGAAUCUCUCGAAUACUCCAGCAAACCUCAAAGCAAACCGACGACAUCGUCAGGAACGGGUGGAUCGGUGGCGAAGUCUACAAAUGGUGGACCACCGAGGUCGGAUAGCUCUGGAUCACCAAGUCAAGAGACAACCUUAGAUCCAGCACCAACAAGGCAUGCCCCAGAGAGUGAAGGGCAAAGGGUAAUGGAGAAGAGCAAGUACGAGACAUCGCAACCUUUUAGGGCGACGAAGGGAGAUAGAUUCAGUUGA